UCUCACGCCAUGAGCGCUGUCACACCGUAUUCGUCGCCGGAAGUCGUCGACGUCGAGGGGACGAGGAGCCCACCGGCGAGCGGUGGCGCCACGGGGGAGGAAGGCGGCGAGCUGGGCGUCGGCGAGAACUCGAGGAGACCGACGAGAGGCCAGUCCACCACCGCGCAGCCACACAGGCACGGGGAAGAGUGGCGCGCGCGGCCGCCGGAGAAGGCUAUGGCGUGGAUCUGGAUGCUCAUGGCGGCGGGGGCCGUGCUCCUGUGGGCGGUUUCUCUGGGGCGGGUGCUCUCCUCCUCCUCGCCGGCGUGUCUGCCUGCCAACUCCACCUUCCUCUCCCCUCCUCGCGGCGACAGGAUGAGCCGGAAUGUCCUCCUCGUUCUCGCCCACCCCGACGACGAAUCCAUGUUUUUUGCUCCGACUAUUCUUUUCCUCAAGUCAAAAGGUCACAGCAUUCAUAUCUUGUGCUUGUCUCAAGGCAAUGCUGAUGGCCUUGGAAAUAUCCGCAAAGAGGAACUCUACCUUGCCUGUGUCACUCUUAAGAUUCCAGCUGAGCAAGUUAAAGUCUUGGACCACUCAGAACUGCAGGAUGGAUUUCAUAAAAAUUGGGAUCAUGGACUAAUAGCAGAACUUACCCUGGCACAAUCCCAGUUAUGGAAUAUCGACACGAUUGUUGCCUUCGAUUCCCGAGGAGUAUCAGGCCAUCCAAAUCAUUGCGAUGUUCAUCAUGGAAUCUGCAAGCUUCUGCGUGACAACGGGCAAGGACACAUUGAAGCAUGGGAGCUUGUAAGCUUGAACAUUUUUCGCAAGUACAGUGGUCCAGUUGACAUUUGGCUAUCUUCCACCCUCUCCUCAAGCUCAAAACAACCAACUUAUACUCUUGUUAAUAAUAGCCCUUCCAGAAGCUUUGAGGCAAUGGCUUCACACAAAAGCCAGUGGGUUUGGUUCAGGAGAUUGUUUGUCCUAUUCUCAAGCUACACAUACAUAAAUGUGCUCCAAAAAAUUUGAAGUUUGUUGUCGUGCCAAAGCAAGCACCUUCCGGCUCAGAUUGUCAAAUGCCUGUACAUGCAGAGUGCCAGAGUGUAAGCGGGAAGCUUCUCUGAAGAAAGACAACAAUGUUGACAUUGGAUCAGGAAUUCGAAAGAUACUGAAAUGUGAUGAUGAAAUGCAACAGUUUAGGAACCUUUGUGAUUAUAUGCCCUUUAUACUUGUGUUGUAGGCCAUCGAUUGUGUUCAUAGAGUUAGAUUGGACCUCUGUAUCCUCAGCUAGUUUCUCUUGCUUGAAGAGUUAUUGCCGUUGUUGGACGAUCAAUCUAUAUUGCAGUGUUACACAAGGUAACUGAUGAACUGAUAUUACUAUGCUGUCGCUCAAGCUGUAUUCAAGCCAGACAAUUUUGUCUU